GAAAAGCGGCCCAGGGCGCAAUUACCGGAAUCAGCUUCUUCUUCCGCAGCCGAGGAUGAGCAGCAGGAACAAGGGGAGGCCCUCAGUACGCCUUCAGAAGACAAGCCAUCAGGGAAGAGGCGUGAGAAGAAGAAGCACAUCUGCAGGAAAAGCAAGUCAAGGAGGGACGACACCGACGAGGAGACAGGUAGUUCUUCUUCCGAGUAUGAUAGUGAUGCGUCCUUAGGGUCUUACUGGGGUAAGGGAGAGGAAGUUUCCGGACUUCCCGACUGGGCUCUCUCUAGGAGGGCCAACAGCCAUCGAAAGAAGUUCGGGGGGACUCAGGAGUGGAAGGACGGAGCUCUG